GGAGAAGAGGGCUCGAUAGACCACGAUUGACGAGAUGUACGACAAGGAGAAGUUGGCGGAGUUCACAGACGCGUGGCUGCAGUGGGUCUACGUGAAGGGGUUGCCAUUCAAUGCCUUCCGUGGUCUGGAGUUCCAGAAGGUGUGGCAGGCGGCGGAGAGAGUGCCUCGCAGUAUCCAGUUCCGGUUUCCCUCCUUCAGGGUCACAGCGGGCGCCGGUAUCCCUUCGCAGAGGGUGAAGGUGGCGACGAUGGUGAGUGAGGUGCGCGUCGCUUUCCGGCACAACAGUGCCACCAUCCUCUCCGACGGGAGGAAGUCGCGCAGCGGCAAGCCGCUCGUGAACUUCCUCGCCGGGGGCGCCAAUGGCGCCCUGCUAUACGCCACCGUCGCACGCGACGGGUCGGUCCAAGACACCGUGGACAUCGUGUACCGUAGGUGGCGGGCCAUCAUCUUGUCCUUUCCUGCAAAGGACGUGAUCGACUUCUGCACUGACUCCGCCAGUAACUAUACGGCGACAACGCGUAGAUUCGCCACUUACCCCGAGCCUGAUAUUAGGAGGAUCACUUGGCUCCCCUGCUCCACCCAUGUCUGCAACUUGAUGUUGUCAGAUAUCGGGACGAUGGAUAAGGGGGGGAUGAUGAUGUCCGUCGUUUACGAGUGGAGUCAGCAUGUGGUGCAGUUGAUGAGGGGGGUGGACGUGCCGGAGGACAUGAUCGAGCCGUGCGUGCGUGAGGUUGCAAUGCUCAACCUCCACAUGCUAGAGCCCGCACAUGUCGCGGCCCACCUCCUCAACCCUCGUCGAUGGUCCCUCACGUAUUACCAUUCGUUGGAGACGAUCGCCGACGAUCGCCGCGUGGUCGUGGAGUGUGACAAAUUUCUCCUUGCGCAGACCGGCGGCGAUCCGGUCGGCAGAUUGUACAGGACCGUGAGGGACCAGAUGAGGGCGUUGUCGGCGCGAAUACCCUUGCAAGGGUAUCCGCCCUGGUUUUUGCAAGUGACAUCGGGGCCAAGGGUCCAGGCCUGUGUGUUCAAACGGUUACCUAUGUAUGGACCAAGGUUGUCUAAGUAGGUAGGAUGAGUGGGCGCGUGUGAUUUUGCCCCUUUGAUUGUAGUGUUGACGCAGGCGUCCGACUUGAC